AUGUAUUUAAAUAUUUAUUAAUAAAUAAUCAAGCCAACAAUUUUGGAAGACGAAGUUACUAGUCUUUUCUUCGCAAGGAUGGUGAGUCUCCUACUCCACCAGACCCAUCUUAGAGAACCCUUCUACUUCCAAUCCUACAAAUCCCAAUCCCAACUCUGUCUAUGUAAAAUAAUGGUCACAAUAAUUAUUGAAAUUCAUAGUGAUCUUUCGAAAAAUGUCAAAAAAAAUAUUAGAAGGAAAUAUACGAAAUAUUUCUAGAGGAUUUUACUAAAAUUACUAUUUUACUAGUCUUUCUACUAUUACUAGUACUACUUCAGCCUCGGAGGAAGGUGCUGAGCUACUCAUAGAUGUUAUCCAUAGACUAUCCAUAGAGGAAUAGCAGAGCUUCGAUGUCCGACAACUCGCCCUUCGUCCAACUGAUGCAGGCCCUCGGCGGCGGCACCGCUGGCGCCGUCACUCGCUUUCUCACCCAGCCCUUCGACGUCCUGAAGAUCCGUUUCCAGAUGCAGGUGGAGCCCGUUGGUAGAGCCCACAAGGCCUCCAAGUAUCAGGGGGUGAUACAUGCGUUCAAAGCCCUGUACGUCGAGGAGGGACUGCGCGGCCUGAUGCGCGGCCACAACGCCGGCCAGGUGCUGAGCAUCUCCUACGCCCUGACCCAGUUUUGGUCCUACGAGCAGUUCCGGUUCCACGCCCACCAUGUGCCCUACUUGAAUGAGCGUCCCUUCCUGCUGUACUUUUUCUGUGGCGGAUUCGCCGGCUGCUUGGGAGCGGUGGCCGCGCAGCCCUUCGAUGUGGUACGCACUCAGGUGGUGGCCGCCGAUCCGACUACUGGACGCAGCCGGAUGGGCACGUUCGAAGGACUGCGGCGGAUAUGGAAAAAAGAAGGCACACCCGGCCUCACCCGGGGCCUGCAGUUCACCCUCGUCCAGAUCUUCCCCCUGGUGGGGGCCAACUUUUUGUUCUACAAGUACCUGAACGCCAUGGUGCUGGCCUUUACACAUUACCAGGAGCGCAGCAACGGUAAGGUGUCUGCCACCCACGCCCACGACAUCCAUGGAUUCUUUCUGUUUGUAAACGGCGCCCUGGCCGGAGUGGCUGCCAAGGUGCUGGUCUACCCGGCCGAUCUGCUAAAGAAACGCAUCCAGCUAAAGGGCUUCAAGGGCGAUCGCAAGAGCUUUGGCCGUAAUCCGGACUGCCCCACGGUGAUGGAGUGCAUCGGCACUACCUACAAAGAGGAGGGGCUUGGGGGCUUCUACAAGGGCAUGAUCCCCACUCUGCUCAAGGCCGGCUUCACCAGCGCCAUCUACUUCACCAUCUACGACCUGUUCAACCGGCGCUUCAUUCACCCGUACAAGGACCACUCCACUCACAAGACGGGCCACAUCAAGCGGGGGAACUCGUGGUCCCAAUAAAGUCGGGUUUUUACAUAAUUUUA